GGAAAUGAGUAAGUAGAAUGGCGGCGGAGGCGGCUUAGCCGGAAAUGACGUUAUAUCCGGAGGAAGGCAGAACCUAAUUUGCCGUCGGGAGUCGUCGCUGAUGCCUUCUGCGCUGUGGGGGCGCCCCGGAGCCUGGGCGGGUUGCUAAGCGAUGGCUCCGGUGUCUCGCUCGCGGAGCCCAGCGGGGUCUCCGUCCUCACGGCGGGAGAGGAGCGAUGAUUCAGGCAGCCCGUCUCCGCCCAGGUCCACCCGGAGCAAGAGGUCUCGAGCCCGGUCGCGGUCCCGCGAGCGCAACGGCUUCCGGCAGCGGCCUGGCCCCCCGCAUCACUUUGGCCACCGGCACGGCCCCGAGCAUUACGGCAAGGAGCAGGAGGAGUCGCUGCGGCAGAGGCGAUUAAAUGAGAGAGAGAGAAUAGGUGAACUCGGAGCACCUGAAGUUUGGGGAUUUUCACCAAAAGUUCCUGACCCAGAUUCUGAUGAACAUACCCCUGCCGAAGAUGAAGAUGGGACAUCUAAAAAGAGCAGCUCCUCUGAUUCUAGCUCAGAAGAGGAGGAGAAGAGGAAGAAGAAAAAGAAGAAGAGAAAAGCUGCUUCACGUAUGUGUGAGCCUUUGUGUGAGGAGGAAAAAAGGAAAGCCAAGAAGAAGAAAAAGAAGCACAGAAAAAAAAAGGCCAAGAAAAAGAAGAAUAGGAAGAGCAGGAAAGACUCCAGCGAGUCAAGCAGCGAAGACUCCGAUGACGAAGCAUUACAAGAGGAUGAUCUCUGGAUUGAGAGAUCAAAAAAUGCAGAUGCUGUGGAUUUCAUAGGACCAGAAGCUCCUAUUACCCAUGCCUCCCAAGAUGAUCGGCCCUUGAACUACGGGCAUGCUUUACUCCCCGGUGAAGGCGCUGCCAUGGCAGAAUACGUAAAAGCUGGAAAACGCAUCCCCAGGAGAGGUGAAAUUGGCCUAACCAGUGAAGAGAUCGCAUCGUUUGAGAAGUCUGGCUAUGUAAUGAGUGGCAGCAGGCACCGGCGAAUGGAAGCUGUGCGUCUGCGCAAAGAGAACCAGAUCUACAGUGCAGAUGAGAAGAGGGCCCUGGCCUCUUUCAACCAAGAGGAGAGGCGGAAGAGAGAGAACAAGAUUCUGGCAAGCUUCCGGGAGAUGGUCUACAGGAAAACCAAGGGCAAAGAUGAAAAAUGAACUGGAUGCUCUUCUUGUGACUAGCACAGCCUGGAAGUGGUAUUAAUAAACCCGUUAACAGCGAUUUGCAAAUGGGUGUCCAGUAUCACAGCAGGGUCUAGCGCUGCCUGACCUUUGGAAAAUGGCUUGCGUUCAUCAGAUAAGAACCUUGACAGGUGUGUUUGGACAGCCACUUCACGAACUUGCAGUAUGGCACUACAAGCAGCGGCAGGACACAGGCCUAAAUGAAACGCGCAAAAUGUACCAAAAUAUUGCUAGGAAUCUGAGAUACCGCCACCUGUUGGUGAUUUGGGGAAACAGCAGCUUUUUACAAUUUUGAGCAACACAGUAACAAGCUGCAAGCAGAUAAUUUUUAAAGAAAUGGGAAUUUCCAUAACUAAAACUUGAGGUUUUAUUAUGGUUGCUUUGCUCCACAUCCUUUGAUGAGGGAAUGCUGAACCCAUGGUGGGAAAGACAGACAGAACGGAUCAAAAAAGUCUUCUAUGGGAUUAGAGAAUCAAAAGAUGGCCAAAAUCCAUCGUCUCUAAGGCUUUGGGCCCAACAAGACAGAAACACCCUUGACUCUGGGUGUCACCUUUCCAAGCUUCCUAUCCAGAACAGAUUUAUUUUUUGUUUGCAAGCUUUUUUUUUUCUUUGCUAGAUUUUAAGUGAUUUAAAUCAGAGUCUUGUGGCUCAGGCUCCUUGCAAAUAGAGUUAGGCGUGGUCUCUCAGUGCAGAUUUUAAAAACCUAAUUAUUACUGUCUUUUAUCAUUUUCAUAAACAAUCGGGCAAUCCUUCGUUAGAACUUUUUCCAUCGACUAGACUCUUUCUGAGCCUGCAACGGAAUGGAUAUUUUCUUGCAGCUUCUGUCCCUCCCGUCUCUUAGUACAGCUUUGAUUUUGUCAUUUUGGAAUCCUGUAUAUUUAGCAGUGUGAAGAAUUUGUCCUAUAGCUUUACGAAAGAAGGAACUGUUUGAAGAUUGUAAAUACCUUUCUGCCCAACUUCAUUGUGUAAACAGUGUUUCAGUGGAGUGGAGUGGGGUAGGCAUCUGUAAGCUGUGAUGGGCUGAAAACAUAACCCAUAUUCUAGGUAGGUAAAGUCCUUAUGUCAAGAUUCAAAUGUCUCUAUUGCAAGUGCCAUGCACUGGGGCUUCUGAGCCCCUCUUCCCUUUCAAAAGCCUCCAGCACCACCCCCAAACUUAGGGGACCCUCUGGAGCACUUCUGACAUUGCACAGGGAGCUGUGAUGUGAAAAGCAGGGUGGGGGAUGAAACAGUAAAACCCCACUGUCUGUAUGGGAAGGGGGCUUCAUCUGCUGAAUUCCGAGUACUGCUCCUUGCACGCUUCCAAAACUGUAAUAUUUCUGGAAAGUUAUUUUUAAAAAAGUUUCCGUGGGUGCACCUUACUACUUUAGUGGCUGUUUUUUAAUCUUUGGCUUGCCAGUUUGAAGCCAUGACUGAUUCUCUGAAAUAACCUUAGUGGCCUGCUGUUUCUUAUUUCACUCUCGUUUCAGCAACAUCGAAGGCAUUCAGUGUCAUUUGGAAUUGGGGGUUGGUGGCUGACAAGCAGGUCUUGAAUAAAGAUCAAAGUUCACUGGCCCAGCCUGCAUGUCAUAGUUUGUGAUAUUAACUAACUUGCCAUACUGCAAGUUAGUGAACGGUUGGGAGCUGAUGGGAGUAAGCAUACCCAAUGGUCAGGGAUUAUGGGAGUUGUAGUCCAAAACAUCCAGAGGACAUCAGAUUUGGGGAAGGCUGGUUUCAUGGCUUACUGUGACAUGCAAACAUGGCUGCUUGCAAAUCCCUGUAGAAAAGAUAUGUCACAUAUUGGCAGUGGUGCCCAAUCUGUGUAGGUCAGUCUUCUUUUCCUGGCUUGAUUGCUUAUACAGACUUGAACAUUGCAGUUAGUGGAGAUGUCUGAUUGCCACAACCUACUGCCCAGGCAGGAACCAAGUACAAGAUUAAGGGCCUUGAGGCUUUGUGGAUUUGAUGGUGCAGCAUUUACUAUCUGGGAAUUAAAAGUGACUUACCAUGAAGCAAAGCCCUCAAACAAUAAAUAUGCACAACUUUUAUUUACAAAAAGGAAUCCUACCUAAAGAAGAGUUUUUAAUCUUUAACAAUUGUAAAGGAAUUAAAAGGUGAUCGUCUUCAUGAUGCUGAUUUUGCUUUCAAUCACAUCUUUGAGCCAUUUUUCUUUGAAGCGAGACUCUCCUGGCCUAUAUAGAGACACAAUGGAAAAAAUAUGAGAGUGGUUAUUUUACGCAAACCAAACAUAAGAAUUAUUCAUUUAUUAAACUUAUAUCCUACCCUUUCUCCCAAAGGAGCCUGAGAUGCCAACAACAAGUAAUAAAACAAACAAAACACAACUUUAAAACAAUUCUUAUACAUAUGCAUACUGGGAAAAAUCUCUACUUAAAAGGCUUCCUGGAAAUUAUGCUGCUCUUCAAAAGAGAUUUUCCUAAUGGCUCUAACAUGACCUGUUUUUAUACGUCUCAAGAGCACUGUGCAGUAUUUUAGAUUACCAGCAUCUGUCAUAGCUAAACUUGUCCUGAUGUUGUCCUUGCUCUCCCUUGGCUUGUUCCUGCACACUUACCUAAAUUGUGUUUGUUUAUUUAUUUAUUGCAUUUGUAUACUGCCCCAUAGCUGAAGCUCUCUGGGUGGUUUCCAACAAUUAAAAACAUUAAAACCAAA